CUAUAAUCACGAGGUCCGACACGGAAGCUUCAGCUGCUGUCCCGAGGAUCUUGUUAUUGCCUGAAAAGCCGAUUUUUCUCAUUAUUUUCAGAUCACAGCAAAUGUCAAAUUCACUGUUGUUUUAUUACAUUCUUAUUGAUAUCGAAAAGUCACGUUUGUUUGCUUAAGGCUUCGUUAAAAUCGCUCCUAAUAUGUCUUCUGAGGAGUUUGAAAAGCUGCACGAGAUGUAUAAAUCUCUAUAUGCCGAAGUGAAGUUGAUACCUGAACGGGCGCAGAGGUGCCAGGGAGAGGAAAGGAAGAGGAUUGUCAGGGACUUUGAUGAGCGUGUUUCAGAGGCUGAAGAAGUGCUUCAGGGCAUGGAACAGGAGCUGUUUGGUGCUCCGUCAUCCUUUCGAACCCCCAUGUCAACAAAGAUUCGACUGUACCGGCGAGAUUUGGCAAAACUGCAGAGAGACAUACGACUCUCAGCAACACCAGGGUUUUCAAGUCACCUUGGGGACAGCAGACAAGGGAUAUAUGCUGCACAGAAUGACCAGAGUACUCAUCUUCAGUCCCAGCGUGCUUUGCUCAUCCAGGGGACAGAGUCUCUAAAUAAUGCGUCAAAAAGUAUCGAGCGAAGUCAACAGAUUGCGGCAGAGACCGACCAGAUUGGCACAGACAUCAUUGAGGAGCUUGGAGAACAGAGAGAACAACUGGACCGCACAAGAGACAGAUUGGUUCACACUGGAGAGAACUUGAGCCGCAGCAGGAAAAUCCUGCGCACAAUGUCCAGACGACUGGUGACGAACAAACUCCUACUAUCAGUCAUUAUCAUCAUGGAGCUGGCCAUCUUAGGGGCGGUGGUUUACUUGAAGUUCUUUCGCAAGUAGGCAAAGAGACACACAAGGCUGUAAAAGACUCCACUUCUUCCUUUUCUUCUUCCUGAUGUUCACUGGUGUCUGGCCCGGUGACAGUGUACUGGAUGCUUUCGUGACUUGUCACAUGGACAUGUAUGGGCGGUUAUUUUAAGCGCUAAACUGUAUUAGCAUAAGUAGUGCUCUCAGGGUGAAAAGAAGAUGGUGACUAUUGUGCAUUCAGACUGCUGGAGGAUCAGGACCUGUAUAAAGACGAGAGAUGGCCUUACUCCCUCCUUGGCUUAUUCAGGGUGCCAAGGUGUAGAUGUAGAUGUAUGGACAGAUGAAUGGUGUAAAUGAAGCAACCAGUGAAAAGAGUGGAAAAAGAAUAUAUAUGCAAUCUAUCUGCAUUUUUAUACACAUCAAUCACUUUAAAGGGAUAGUUCAAUUUAAAAAAUAUAUAUAAUUCUGUCAUAAUGUAAUCACCCUCAUGUUGUUCCAAACCUCAUGUAAAAACAACAUUGGACCCCAUUGACUUUCAUUGUAUGGAUAAAAAAUGGUUGAAACAUUCUUCAGAAUACCUUCUUUUGUUUUUCAUAAAAGAAAUUAAGUCUUAAAGGUUUGGAAUGCCAUAGGACAGAAUUUCUAUUUUUGAGUGAACUCUCCCUCUAACUAUUACUGAACUUUUAACUGUGAUCAGAAUUACAUUGUGUAUUAGACUUUUUUUGAGACAAGUGAUAACAAGGCAUUAAAUGUAACAGCUCUCGUUCGUUCCUUAAA